AUGCUGGGGUUGACACCUUCGUAUAUCGCUAUCACCGAUACGGAACGACUUAUUGGUGAUGACGAUAAAAAUCAAGUUGCCACGAACCCUUUAAAAGAUGUUGCUGGUAACACACUUCUUGGUGGAGAAGAUUUUGUCAAUCGCCUUGUGAAUCAUUUUUGCACAAGUAUUCAAGCGCAAUUUAGGAAAGACCUUAAAAAGAAUGCAAGAGCUCUCCGUCGAUUGAAAAAUGCAAGUGAAUGUGAAAAAUCGUGA